AUGAGAGAGGGCCAUGCUUCACAUACUCAGGCUCAGGUCCAAGUCCGGUUUGAAAGCUUCCAUCCCAGUCUUAUUGGGACCUUACCGGAGAACAGUCUUUUAAUUCCUACCUCCGUUUGUUCUUCAGAGCUUAGGGAAUUACUUACGUCUCUCUUUCUUUCCAAAGAGCUUUCUUUUGAUAACUUUGAUUUUUCCAUUGAUGGCCAGUUUUUGUCAGGGUCCCUUGGAUCUUUUUUGGCUCGCAAUAGCUGGUCUCAUGAAAACCUACUUACCAUAUUAAUUAUCCCUAGAAUCCAAAAGCCAAAAAGCAUUGCCUUUUCCCUUCAAACUGACGACUGGGUCUCUUCAAUCGCCCCAUUAAAAAAUGGAGCUUCGUCCUUCAUGGCCUUUGGGGAUUAUUCCGGAAAGUUACAUUUUGUUGAUUCGCUCGAACAUAACACAAUAUCAUCGUCACUUUUGAUCGACGGAGAGAUGCCAAUAAAAUCGGUGCUCGCCACACCUUCUUCCUCGUACCUUGUUGUGUCUCAUAAAUUUUCGUCUUCUCUCGUUUCUAUGAAAAGCAAAGAGGCAAUUAUGGGAGUCACAGAUGGGCAUUCUAAUACCAUUGAAUCUGCAGCUAUUAUGCAAGAAUCUCAGAGUUCGAUUCUCUUUGCGACCGGUUCAUUUGACAGGAGCAUUAGGAUCUCCGAAUUUAAUUUAUCUCCCAUUGUCACUUCUUCUACAAAGAUCGUGCUUGAGGGUCACUCGGGCGCAGUGACUGGAUUGGCUUCUGCAUGUUCUAUUCCAUCCGGAAUGGCAAGUGGAGGGGUAAUCUCGCCUUCUCUGCUAAUUUCGGCCUCUCUUGAUGGCUCUAGUCGGCAUUGGGAUUUGGUGAAAGAGGAAAUGAUAUCGACCACCGCUCAUGGGGUUCCUCUUUUGGGCAUAGCUCUUUGUCCAUCGGACCCUAAUUUGAUGGCUUCUCCUGCUGCAGACCUUACCGUCCGGCUCUGGGAUGCUCGUCAAAAAAAUUCGUGCUUUAAAAGCCUUCAUGGGCAUAAGUUGCUUCCUACUGCGGUUGUCUUCUCCAAAUCUUCAACUUCGGGCUUGUAUUCCGUGGGACAAGAUGGGGUAAUCAAGACUUGGGAUCUCCGUAUUACCGGAAAAAGGGCUACCUCAGACUCCUCUAUCGGAGAAACAGUGAUGCAACAAUCAAAUCAACUUUUUUCUCUUGCAUUGGUUGAGGAGGCCGGAAAGUUUGCUCUCGCAGUCGGUGGAGACCAAGGUCUCCAGCUCGUUUCGAUCGAAUAA